GGUUGCCUUGCUUGCCUCUUGCCUUUGCCCGUCCGAAAAAUCAGUUAGUUUCAAGCGAGCAUAUCGUUCGCUGGCUUCUGCUUGAACAACAAAAAAAUCGCUAUUAUAAGUAAAAAAGAAACCAUUUAAUACAAAUUUUAAUAUUAAACUAUUCUAAGUAGAUAAUUCAAUAAUAUAUUUUUGUACCGGUAAAACAACGUUUUUUAUCCUAAUCUUAAAAAACCCGCAUUAGUCAAAAAAUUACCAUCGUCGCUUCUUUUUACGUUUGAAUCUAUUUAGUAUUCGGAGGAAUCUGAGAGGUGUAAAACCCCGCGCGAAUCCCUAUUUUAUGUGUGUCUAGUAAACUUCUAACCUUCAGAACCGACAAUCAAUUCCUGUGCAAAACUGUUAUCUAAUUUCAAUCAUCAACGCAAAAUGCCGGGGAGUUUGUUUCCAGACAUGGACAGAUCAAGUGGCAUCGGUGACGAUAGGGCUCUUCAGUUGGCUCUGGAAUUAUCCAUGCUCGGUUUCAGCAGCGAACCGCUGAACUCCGUUGCUCUACCGGACUCUGAUCCCGCGACCGACAUGAAUCCGUUCGUCAAUCACAUGGGGAAUCCUCUGGACGAGGUCAGAUCCAAAAAAUCUCAGAACAUGACCGAGUGCGUACCGGUUCCUAGUUCCGAACAUGUGGCCGAAAUUGUAGGCAGACAAGGCUGCAAAAUCAAGGCUCUGCGUGCGAAAACAAACACAUACAUCAAGACGCCAGUAAGAGGUGAGGAACCCGUUUUCGUGGUAACUGGACGCAAAGAGGAUGUCGCUAAAGCCAAGAGGGAAAUUUUGAGCGCUGCCGAACAUUUUUCGCAGAUCAGAGCUUCUCGCAAGAACAAUCUUGCUGGACUAGGCUCAGGUGCCAGUACUCCUCCGGGACCACCAGCUAACAUUCCUGGUCACGUUACUAUCCAAGUGCGAGUACCUUACAGAGUUGUAGGUUUGGUUGUUGGACCUAAAGGCGCUACAAUCAAACGUAUCCAGCAUCAGACUCAUACUUACAUUGUAACUCCCAGCCGCGACAAGGAACCAGUCUUCGAAGUUACUGGCAUGCCUGAAAAUGUCGAAUCAGCUAGAAGAGAAAUCGAAGCUCAUAUUGCUAUGCGUACUGGCAACAGUUCGGCCAUGAAUGGUAUGCCAGCUUUAGGAGGGCUCGAAGACAACGAAAUUUUCGCAUCACUAUGCAAAAAUGGAUUAAGCUCUAUCUUAAACUACAUGGAACCCACACAGGAUCCAUUUCCUGUAAUGACAUCGUCCACUGGAAGCAGCGGUGCUUUUUCUAGCUCCGGCUCCUGCUCGAGCAGCUCUUCAAGUAUUGGCGGCAGAGAUUUGGGUACCAUCUGGGGUUCACAAGACAGAGACGAGGGUCUAGGUGAUUCUCCUAGCUUCGAUACAUCUACAGCUCUCUCAAGCAUCUGGUCUUACCCAACAGUAUCAGUACCAUCAAGGCCCAGCCCAACUAACAGCACCAGCCCAGCAGAUUCUUUGUUGUCAUCCAGCACGAAAUGUUUGGUAUGCAACGAUAGCAAAGUGACGCACGCUUUGGUACCAUGCGGUCACAAUUUCUUCUGUAUGGAUUGCGCCAACAGGGUAUGUGAAGGCAGCGAAGCUCAAUGUCCAGUAUGCUCUCUACCAGCGAUUCAAGCGAUCCGCAUCUUCUCGCCCAAUCCUUAAGCAGUGAAUCACGUUUGAUGAUUGAUCUCGCUCGAAUCCUCCGUUUGUCCAAAAAAGACCUACGGGUAAGAAGUAGCUUGUAGUAGCGGAUUGUACAUCAGUAUUAUUUUUAUACCAGCUGCUUCUUACCUUUUUUUUUUUUGGUCUACACACCCAUCACAUUCCCCUGGGUCUCUAUAAUCCUGUGUUCAGCUUGACGGUUCGACUCUUAGCGCUAUAAGGAAAUCACAUACAACGAAUACUAAAAAAAAAAUUGGGUUGUUAUUUUUAUUGUUAAUUUUUUUCAAGAAUUUUAGUUUUGUUUUGUUCUAGAGUGUUUUUUUUUUAGCUAAGCAGUCCGGACCCGUCCGAGCUUAGUCAUCCUAUGCCAGUUUUUCAUAUUUCCUUUUUUUUUAAUUGUAUUACCGGUUUUUAUGUAGUAUUAGAAUUGUAUCGUUUUUCUUGUUUUUGACAAUGAUUUUCUUAAAAGUACCUAAUCAUUUGUGCAAUGAGUUUUGAAUGAUAGGAUUAGUUUGGUUUUCUCAAUUGGAGCUAAUACUGCUAGCUACCAUACGAUUUUCAGCUGUUCAAAAGGAGUUCAAAAACUUCAAAGCCGAUUAAGUUGCGUCACAAUUAUUUGGAAAUAAUUCCAUCUAGAAAUCAGUCUACAGCUUAAUGAAAAUGUUUCAAUGUUUCACACAUGAUAACUUACCAGAAAUAACGCAACUUGAUGCUUUUUUUGAACAUCCUCUUAAAGGCUGGAGAGCUACAUAGUGAAUAGCAGUCAAACAAAUUACGUUCUAAACUCAUUGUACGCAAUUGUCACAUACCCUAUAAAAGACAUAAAAUUUGCGACACCAUUAUGAUAAUGUAAACUAUUUUGAAAAAGUAAAUUUUUAUAUUUAAUAAUACUACUCGGAUAUAAGUAUUUCUCGUUAUUUUUUAAAAUAUUAUAUUUUUUUAAGUUUCGCCAUUAUUGUGAACUCGGAUCACACAUUUUAUAAAGUCUGAAACAGCAAUUCUCAAAAUAUUGUUUAAGAAAAUAUUUAACAUUAAAGUAUAGCAAAAAAAAAAAAUUAAAAAAUAUAAUAAUAAUAUAUUAAUUGAUUGGAGUGAGAUAAAAUACAUUAAAAUAGAUUUUUGUAGUGGAGAGAGAGAACGAGUUGGUUAAUAAAUGCAGUGAGAUAUGAGUGCAUCUGAGAAAUAAUGAAAAAAAAAUAAAAGCGGACACACUCAGCCUUCACAGGGCUUUUUGGCUGUGAUCUUCAAUUAAAAUAAACUGCCAUUACGAAGCGCAUUUAAGUCCCUGUUCAGGACAUCUUUGUCCUGUCCCAGCACCACCCCUAAUAACAAAAUACAUAUCCAUUAAUUGUUAGUUAAAUCACUUAUAUUGUUAAUAAUAUUGUUCUGUUAUGGUGUGAUGCAUAUAAUAUAUUUUUAAGUCCAAUGAAUAAGUUUAUUAUAAAUUUAUAUUUUAAUUAUUGUGUGCCAACAGGGUCCAGGAUGCUUCCAAUGGUACGUAGAAUUUUUCUAUAAUAAUUCAUCAGUCGAUCAAUAUUCAAAAAUUUCCAGUAAUUAUUAAACAAGAAAAAAUUAAAACGUCACGGUCCUGCGCUGGUGUGUCCGCAAAUAAAUUUUGAUCCUUCAGUAUUCACAUUAUCAUCUCAUUUCACAAAAACACCAUUUAAUUUAGAUGCAUGUUUGUUUGUAUAGAUUUUUUGUUAUUUUUAAGACUUUUAAUCAAACAGGGGAUAUUUGACCAUAAUUUAAACAUUUUAUUUUUAUUAGAAUUUUUUUCUUAGUUGGUUGGGGAUAGAGUCAAGGAGUUCUAUUGAUUUAAAAAUUUGCUGUUCAUUAUUAUAUAAUGAUUUGGCAAGGUUUUUUUCAAAGUUUCCUGAGUGGUCUACUUACAAUGUUCUGUUUGAUUUUUUGGUUUAACAAUAGCAAAUUUUUAUCAAAUUUAUGUGAGGUUUAUUAUGACAUAAUUUUCGUAUGCAUUUCUCCUUACUGCACUUCGUAGACAAUUUCUUUAUACACUCCGUGGCUGACGCAUCCUGUUUAUUAUGCGCUUAUAUAUUACUUAUUAAUAUAUGUAUUAUCUAUUAUAUAUAUUUAAAUAUUAAGAAGCUAUAUUUUGUUUUUAUUUAUUUUUUUAUGUAGUAUUUGAAAAUUGUCGUUAUUAGAUAAAUUAUAUAUAUUUUAUUAUUAUUAUUAAUAUUAUUAUUAUUCUUGCUUGCGAGGUAGCGUCAGCCAGGGACAAUAUUUACUUAGAGAGCCCUGGAUUUUGGGUACUCUAUUUUAGCUUAAGUUGUUUAAUACGUACACUGUAUAUAAGUUGUUGUUUUGUAGCAUUAAUAUUAUACUUAUUAUUUUAUUUUUUUACAUAUUUUUGAGGAGAUAUUUAACUAUGAAUGUUAGUACAAGUUCAUGUUCACAGUUUCGUGUGCAGAGUGACUAUAUGAAUUAGAUUUUUUUGAUUAGUUAUAUUUUAUAUUUGAUAUUUUACUUAUAUAAUAAUAUAAACUCUAUCUCGAAGUAGUUCAACUUUUCUUUUCUAAUUUUUAUAUUAUUUUAUUUUUGAAUCUUGAAUGUAUAAGUGUGUUUUCUAUUUAGAAAUUUAUAAAUUAGACGAUGAUUGAUUUUUUUUUUACACGUAGCGACUGAGGAAAAAAGUUUUCGUUUCUUUUUUUUUUUUGUUUGCUUGGAACAGCUCUUUUGGGCAGCUAAAGUGACAGAGCGUAGUGAUUUUUUUUAUACUAUUUUGCUGCGUGAGCAUGGCGUUCGAUAAGACUCAACUAUGUCCAGUACGCUUUAGGUGCCCUUACAGAAGACUAUGGCAAAUAAUUUAAGGAUAUUUUGACUUUUUUUUUAUAAUGUUUACUUUGCUACCAAAUACCAAUAAAGUUCGUGAUUUAUAAUUUUUUUUAUUUUAUUUUAUGUUUUGUUUGGUGGUUUUGCUUAUGCCAGUUAUUUAGAUUUGCUUCUUAGUUUAAAGUAUAAUGAGACCAUUAUCAGUAUUUUAAUCCAAUAAUCCCAUGGUUUCAAUUAUUGUCACCUACCAAAAUAAUUGGCAUAAGUGUUCCAUAUUUUUUAGCGCAGUCAUUAUAGAAAUUAUCCAAGAAAAAUCUGCCAACUGACUUAAUGUAUGUAUGUGUAUGUGUGUGUUGGAGGUGUCAGUUGCACCACGACCAAGGUUGAUCUAUUAUUCCCCUCUUUCUGCUGGUAAGUCCCUUAGGAAUUUUAGCAUGUCUAGCGGUUCCAGGGCUGGAAUGUCUUCCGACUGUAUAAGGGCACUUCCAGAUUCUUCAUCCUUGAACUACUAACGGCAUCGCAGUUCAGUAGAAGAUAAUGAGGUGUCUCUUCUCCGUCUUCACAGAAUCUGCAUGUGCCACCUUCUAACCCCAACUUCUAUAGGUGUUUCUUAAGUUUGCAAUGCCCCGAGAGAAACCCGGUUAGAGUCUUGAGACUUUUCUUGCUAAGGUUGACCAGCAGUUUUGUUCUUUUUUGGUUGAAGUUGUUUGUUCCUUAGCCGGUUCUCUUCUUUUUUGAGGAUUUCUUGGAGAUACGUAUUUCCGACGCCGCAAAAUGGUUCCAGCCCAGUGAAGGGAGUAGAUGGUUCCGAUUCUUGCGAGUCUGUCUGCGCAUUCGACACCUAUAUGUCCGGGCACCCAGAGGAGGGUUAAUUUGUUGCGUUUUCCCAGCUCAUUUAGUUUCUGUAGACAUUCCCAUACUGUCUUAGAAUUGAUGACCGUGGAUUUCAAUGCUUUGAUAGCUACUUGGCUGUCAGAUAUUAUUAUAAUAUCUCGUUUCCGAUAACUUCUGUUCAGGUUGAAUUGCACGCAUCUUCCGAUCGCAUGAAGUUCCGCUUGAAAUAUGCUUGGUGAUUUACCCAUUGGCACAGAGUAUUUGGUCCAUGGCCCGAAUACUCCGACUCCAGUUCCCUCAGCAGUUUUGGAACCGUCUGUGUACCAUUUGAUGGUGUUUACUUUAAGGGAUUGGAUAGAUUCCAUGUUCCAUCUGUUUUUUGUACUUAGCUCGAUGAAACUAAACUAAAUUCAUCAACAAUCGCGUCUUUUAGUAGAUCCAUGAGGUGUGCACAGUUUGGGAGGGAAAAAGUUCUGCAAGGUGCGUUUCCCUUUGUAAACCUAUCUUCUCUAGUCUUGUCAUGAUCCACUGGCAACCCGCUUCACUAUUAUGUGGAGUGGUGUGAGGUCUAGAGUAGAAUGACUUCUAAUGCCGCGGUUGAGCAUGAUCUCAUUGCGAGUCUUUGCGCUUUUCCUAGAGUUUUCCUUGCUGUUACUAGCUGGGUUCGGCUAUAUCCGGCUUACACUUCGUACGUGAUGAUAGGUCUCACUAUCAUGGUAUACAUCCAUCUUAGGAUUGAUGGGUUACAACCCCAUGUUUUACCCGCAAUGUUUUUGCAGACCAUGAGUGCCGAGAUUGCUUUGUUUUUUGUGUUCUCUACAUGUCGGUUCCAGAGAAGUUUAGAAUCUAGGGUUAUUCCUAGGAAUUUAACUUAUUUUUUUCCAAUCAAGUCUGCUUCCAUCGAGGCGAAUGUCUCUCAGGUUUGGGAGGUUCAUUCUUUUUGCAAAUGUGACCAGUGUGGUUUUUGCUAAGUUAAGAUUCAGUCCCACUGUGUCACACCAUUCCUUCAUGGUUCGAAGUGCUUUUUCUAUAAGUCUCUUCUCUGGUCAUCAUGACUAUAUCAUCGGCGUAUCCAAAGCAGGUGAAGCCCUGAUCUGUGAAUAAAUUUAGGAGGUCGUCAACCACUAGACUCCGAAUCAAAGGUGAGAGUACCCCUCCCUGCGGACAUCCUCUAGUGGUGGUGACCUGUAUGGUUUGUUCACCCACAUCAGUUUCUUCAGUUCUGGUGGCUAGUGUUUCGCACAUCCAGAUGGAUGUGGUUUUAUCCACUCCUUUUUUAACGAGCAUAUUCUUUAUUGACUCAUGAGAGGUGUUGUCAAAUGCCCCCUCCUCUAUAUCCAAGAAGGCGCCCCCUCCUUUAUGUCCAAGAAGGCGCCUCCUCCUCUAUGUCCAAGAAGGCGCAGACGGCUUCUUCUUUAUUAUGCAAUGUACUUUGGAUGCUGUCGGUGAGUUCAAGUAAAGUGGUUUCUGUUGAUCUGCCCGCUCUAUAAGCAUGCUGCCUAGGAUGUAGUGGCGUUUUUUCUGAAACACUUGUUCUGUUUUAAGCAAGAACGGCGUGAGGCAUAUAGGUCUGAACGACUUAGGAAGAGUGGCGCCUCUUUUCCCUGCCUUUGGGAUGAAAGUUACUUUAGCUCUUCUCCACUGACUGGGAAUCCAUAAAUAAGAAACCCCAUAUAUAAACCAUGAUUUCAAGAGCACCCCUGAGACAUUAUAAAAACGCGAGCUCAAGAGUGAUUUCCAAUGUAGUCGUACCUAACCUUGUAUGAUUUGAGACAUUGGGUACUACUUAAUACAAAAAUCUAGCUAGUUGGCAUUUUUUCCUAAAAUCAAUGAAAUAACUGCUGGACUAUUUCCCUAUAUGAUUUCCUUUUUUUCUUGAUCGCUUAUGAACGUAGACUGUGUUUUUGUUUGUCGUUUGAUGUUGUAAUAAUCAUCAUCUGCAUGUUAGUGAGUACUGUAGAGUCUAUAAUAAAAAAAAAAUAGGAGUCUUAGCUCUCAAUGCACAAAAAAAAAAAUAGAAAAAUUUAAAUAUGGCGCGCGUUUUUAUAUUUUAAUAAUGACAUAUAAAACUAUUUUAGUAUACGCGUGAAUCUUAGAUAUAUAGCUAAAGACUUUUUAAAACGAAGCAGUCAAAUAAGUUCGAAAAAUCGCGUGAGCUAAGUAUAGGACUUUAGUAAGAGGAAGAGGGGACCAUGAAGCGGACCUUCUAAGACGGAUUUUUAGGGUAUAGGCAAUGAAAUAUAUUUUAAUAGGCAAAAAUGGAACUUGUUUGUCUGCUUAAUUCAUAUUAAAAAGGCAUUAAUAAUGUAAUCUUUAAUAAAAACUGCUCAAUAUGGUUGAAAGAGGAAUGAUUCUAUCGUUUCGGGGAUUUUGUAGAACGACGCCAUUAGGUAAAUUGAGAGUUUCGAUUUGUUAGUAGAUACUUAUCAAUAAUUGAGCAAUAAAUAUCUUUACGGUUGGAUAUUGACUCAUCAUAACCCAAUAAUUAUUUUCUAAUUAAAACAUGAACUUAUAUAGAUAGAUUUAUAAUAAUUAUUAUUAUUGUGUUAGGAUUAUGUAGGUAAUGUGCAAUGCUAGGAAAGGUUUUUGUGCGUCGUUCACAGUGGGUUUGACUUUUACUGGUGCUGUAGCACAACCAAAAAUAAGAUAUUUGAAAAAAAAGUCUUCCCUCCCGAAUCAUUUUUUUCUUUAUAUACAGAUGAUUGUUUUAUCUUUAAGCAGCUUGAUCAUCCCUACAUGACUAGGUUAGGUUCGCCUGAAUUUAGAGACUUUUACUGGCUUACCCCUUUUGCUGUAAGCUUGUAUACAUAUUUUGCUGGACGAAUAGUGAUUAGGAGUAUACAGUAGAAUUGCUUUCUUUACUAUUUGUCCUUUGAAAUAAAUCACAUUUAAAAACGCAUUGGGCAAUAUCCAGUUUAUGAUUCCGAUAGAUUGAAGUAAACAAGUUUUUAAUGAGAAUUUACUAUCAGAUUUAUUAUUUCCAUCAAGAAGGCAUUGAAGACAUAAAACUUUAAUAUUUUUCAUAAAAUUUUCUCAUCAUAUCAUCACCUUUCACAUCUAUCUCAUCAUUAUUUUGUAAUCACACGCAUAGCCGGCUUCUGCUAAGAGUAGAACCUCACGUCCACGCUUUCCAGUUGCCACCUUCAUCUAUUUUGUCAAUCUACUGGUGCCGAAAGCCAAACUGUUACCCUAAAACUAUUGAAAAUGUUAAUAUAUUUCCUCAAACGAUAUAUAAAAGAGAAAUAUGAUGUCUACCACAAAUUUGAAAUUAUUCUGUUGAUCAAUACAUAAAAAAAGGAACAAAUCUGAAUGUUGUAACUACAGAUGUAUAUCGGUAUCUUUAUGAAAAGACUGUAUGGAAAAAUUAUAGGAAAUAUCAUUGUAGUCCGAUGAAAUCGAUCAGUAACCAGUGUGGUGUGUCAUGACGAAAUAACUUCAUGAUCAAUCAAUCAUCCCUCAAGCUAGGAAUCACACCAUCAGACUCAGUUAUCUUGUAAUAGUAGGUCCAGAAAAUUAAGAAGAUCGUGCAGAGGAAUGAGUAUUAAAGAAGGAAAAACCAGAAAGCCUUGACCUCAUUUGGCAGAAGGAUAGAUAGAGCAAAGCACAAACAGUAAUAUAACAGCUCAAUUCAGUCCACUGGUCUAGAAAUAGAUCAUUGGAGAUGAAGUACUGUAUCCCUACAAGAGCAUAUUGUCCUCUAUGUCCGGUGAGCUUGGCAAAUCAUUGUAAAGAUUAGAGCAAAUAGUCCUAGCAACCGAAUUGGAUAGAGUCAGAAACGAAAAUGUUUGGAAAGUACAAAAACAAUAAUAGACAGCAACUAAGUAGUUCUGAAAUGGCCGAAAAAAGAGAAUGAUAAAAAGUGAAACGCAGGAGCUUUAUUCCGCUUAUCCACUCGGAACAUAUCUCCGCAUAUGACUGACAUGAAAGGUGCCUCGCUCAGCUUUGGAAUCCAGAUUUUCCAAAACAUGCGUAACAGAACUAACCUAUUUCUUAACCCUAAAAGGGCCAGUGAAAAGCAGUAAAAUUUUUUUUGUUUCCGCUGAUAUUGCUGACGGCCCACGUUGGGCGCCAAAGAUGAGACAGAACUUGAAUUUAAGGGGUGGUGGUUCAGUGGCGAAUUGGAACAGAAAGAAUUCCAAGAAUGAUGAUUUUAUGCAUAGCAAAAUGGUCACUCUUUUGCUACAGGAGUUCUCGAGUCUUCCUGUGGUAUCUACUAAUACUGUUGGUACCUUUAAUUUCUCAAACUUCAAAUGCUAAAUGCUCAUUGCAUUUUUCGUCUAUGAGGAUAUGUGAUCUUUCAAGCUCUGGUUCUCUAUCGACUAAAUGCUCAAUUAUAUUAAUGUUAAGUUGAACAAAUCAUUCACCAACACUAUCAUUAUUUAUUCACAUCUCAAAAAUUCUGUUUAGUUUUUUCCAUAUUGUUAGAUAUUAUUCAACUACCUACCUUGUAGAUUGUAGAUUGUGGGGGGAAGUUUCGGCUUUCCAGCCGCUCAGCACUGCUACCUUUGCAGAUAUUUUGUACGUGACUCUACAUCUUAAAUUGUCUUUAGAAAGCGUAGACUUCUGCCGAAGGAAGCUAUUUUUCUGGGUGUUAGUUGGCCCACUUCUUCUGGUGAAAGUGUUGCCUCCUGGAGGAAUUUGAGCCUCUUGCAGAAUUGGGCUCGACAUUCGCAGAGCAGGUGUUCUGCGUUCUCUAUUGCAUCUGAGCAGAAUCUGAGAUCGUCUUCUGUUCCGCCCAUUAACCUUAAGUGGUAUUCCAUCUGGCAAUGUCCUGUGGACAGUCCUACGACCAUUCUGAUGUCUGGUCUGCUCAUGUUUAGGAGUUAUUCAGCGCUUUUUGCUGAAAGGGUGACCUUUUUGAAUGUCUUAGUCCCAGAGUGUGCCUCUAAUAUGAUGACAGUUGGUCUUUCUCUCUUUAAUUUGUUGAGUUCUUCCAUAAUGUGGCUUUCCAUUGGGCCACAAUAGAACUCUGGUCCAUGUUAUGGUGAUCAGGCCCCUGCUUUUGCGAGGCCAUCUGCUUCUCCAUUUCUUUCUAUGCUUCGAUGACCAGGCAGCCACAUCAGCGUUACCUGGUUGUGUGUCGCUAGUGUUUUUAGGGUCUGUUCACACUUCCAGACUAGUUUUGAAGUGCAUUUGAAAGCAAUUAAGGCUCUUAAGGCAGCCUGGCUAUCUGAUAGUGUAAAGAUGUAUUUUCCUUUGAGGCUUUGGUUGGGACUCUCUUGUUCACGGCAAGCAGUUAUCAGUGUCGGUCUGCGCAUCAAAGAUGCGCAGAUGUCCCCUCAGAUCAUCAGGCUUGAACUCGUCUGUUUGGAAUAGCCUGUGAGCGCUGAUUAUUGCCUCCUUUUCCACACAUAGAUGGAGUGGUGGCACGUUAAGCAGCGUCUUUAGGGCUGCAGUGGGGCAAGUCGACAUUGCUCCCGUUAUUUUUAGGUAUAUCAGCAUUUGUACCUUGUUUAGCCUGAUCUGAAGGGUGACAUGCUGAGUUUUGGGCCAUCAUACCAAUGAGGCAUCUGUGACCAUGGGUUUUUAAAUCCAGAAUACCAUCGCCCCCAUGUUUUACCAACCAGUUUGCGGCAUGACCAGAUUAAUGAUAUUAUAGUUCGAGCAUGUUUUCUCUAAAUGUUUGUUCCAAGUGAGUGUUUGGUCUAGAGUGACCCCCAAGUGGCUCACUUCGUUAGAAAAUGUUAUUGUACCAUUAAGGGUGGUUGCUUUAAAAUUUAUCUUCCUGCUUCUUCUUGUGAACGGAACAAGAAUUGUUUUGCUUGGGUUUAGGGAUAAUCCCUCGCCUUCGCUCCAAUUUUUGACGAUAUUUAGAGCAUCUCAUCUGCAUAGCCUAUGACCUGGUAUCUAGCACUACUCAGUCUGGUAAGGAUUUCGUCCACCACUAGUGUCCAUAGUAGUAGAGAAAACACCCCCUCGAGGAAACCCUUUGACCGUGGUAGCGGUAGCUGAUGCUCCGUUUAUUUCAGCCAUAACGUAACGGUGUUUUAGCAUCGACUCUAUCCAUUUUACACUUGUGACUUCAACAUUUCAUUAUGGGAGGCUCUAGUGAUUAAUUGAUGAUUCAAUUACCUUAAUCAGUAUCACCUGUAACCUAUAUCAUACUCCUUCAUCACUUUUCGCCUAUAUUUACAAAUAAAUUCCUGAUGUCUCAUUCACAUCAUACCGCUCAGGUUUCAUCAUUAUUAGUCAAUUCAAAUUCACAUCCUUCUCACCAUUAUUUUAUAAUCAUUGACAAAUCAUCAUCACUACUCUUUUCCGGUUUCGUCAUCAGCCGUAAAAUUCUCAUAGAGCUGGUAAGGAGUUCGUGUCUGGAUCACAUAUUCAGUUCAUGAAUGUAAUGAGCAACAAGCAGGGAAGAUUAUUUCCAAGGCUUUCGAAACUAUCCUAAUUAGGAGCCACUCGAAAAAUCUAGAAGUACUUUGCGAUAAAACACUCAGGAAGCAGUCCACUUUAUUCAAGAUCUAUCUGAAUGAGGAGACGGGGGAGACUCAUGCUGUUGAAAAGGGAAAACUUAUCAAAGGAUGAAAUGACACUGUUCCACUUUCUAGACGAAUAAGUAAGCUCAAAGAAUAACCUAAAAAAACCUGUAUAAUCAAUGGCAAGAAUAAAGCUUUUUGAACAAUAUGAGAACUGGCCAGCUACAAAAAAAUACUAAACAAGAAUAUGGAUAGAGACAGGGACAAAAGAAUACAAUGAAUAAUAAAAAAAAGAAGAUCAUCAAGGAUAUUAUACGAUAAGAAACAAAGACAAUUUAUGUGGUAGGAACAUAUGGAUAGGUACGUGGAAAAUAUGUAAGAGCAGCGAAUUUCAAGACUAUUCCUAUAAAUGGGUGUCUAUAGAGAGGAAACUCAGAAGAAGUCGGAAAACUUAUUCACAAAUAGGUACUAAUUUUAUUCACAUUAAGCAUUCAUCCAUUAAUUCAAGCAUUUUAAUUCAAAUCACUUCAUUUCAUCAAUAUCACAAUCAUCAUAUGAUGCCAUUAUUAUUUCAAUCAUGACAAUCACCAUUACACUACUUCGACUUAUAUUCACAAGCUCAUCAUCAAUUUCAUUUAAUUCACGUCUUCAUCCAUCAUGCUCAUCCACAGCAAUCACACUUUUUAUUAUUUAUGCAAAUUACACGUUUUGAUUCAUCAUUGUUUCAAUUAUUGACAAUCAUAUUCAUAAAUUUUUAAAUCAUGAGCAUUUCAUUCAUCAUCAUCUAUUUUUCAGACAAUCAUUUUAUUUAGCUUCAAUGCUUUCGCUUCACAUUGGAAACUUGUUUGAGACUUGAAAGAAAAAUCUCAUUUCCCAACCACAAUUAUUUACGAUAGAAAAUUAAGGUAAAUCAGGGUAGCCAAAAAAAUAUUAUUACAUAAAAAUGUAUUAUAGCUUAUACUGUAUUUUCUAUCGUAAAAUAUUGAAAUUUUGUGGGUCUGAUGGAAUUGAGAUUUUUUUCAUUGCAAUGAGGAAACUAUAUGAAAGUGGCCAAAAGAGUCUAAGUCUUGGAACACCAUCUAUAUUGACCAUCUUUCCAAAAAAAUUAAGACUUCAACAUCCAUGUAGGUAUUUUCUAUCGCGUAGUGCUGCCAAAAGAAAUAAAAAUAUAAUUUUCAUAGCCGUUUCACACGCCACACCGACUUUGCAAAAAAAAAUUAAAUCACUCUGUAUAUUAGCAGAUUUCGAUACACACUUUAAUAUACAGGCCUAAUUAUGUCGUUUCUAAGUAAUAUCUAUAUUUCCAUAUUUAUUAUAUUACGAUAAAAAUUAAUUUUUUGGUAUAGACUUUAAGAAAAAAAAAAGUACUCUAUACUUAUAGAUGUUUUGUAGAAGAAAAAAGAUGCUGUAUUUAUACCGUACUAAUUUAAUAAAAUUUAAAAAAUAUUUAUAAUAAAUAGGAUAUACAUAUUAUUAUAACUUUUGUAGCCUCCUAAAUAAAAAUAAAAGACAUAGCUUAGGGUCGCAGGUUAUUCGCACUGCUACGUUCUGAUAAUGAGGAUGUCAAAGAAAUUUUGUAUACGCCUUUCUUCUACUCCGAAUGCUUUAAACAACAAAAACAUCUUUUUUUUUUUAGCAAACAAAUGGGAGAAAUCUGCUCUGUGAGCAGCCUGAAUACAGUGAAGACAAGCUUGUGUUAGUUAACUUAAAUGCCAAAUUUUAAAUUAGUAGGUAUCACUAAUCCAUUAAUUAUUAUUGGCACUCAAAAGCACAAUAUACCAGGCUUACGACAUCCAAAAAUUUUGUCUUCUGAUUGUAACUCAAAGCAAUAAAGUAUCGAAAUAAGUAGUUUCUAAAAUUUAUCUAUUUAUCUAACUUUUUAACCUUUAAAAAAAAUUAUUAUAUUCGUACUAAGGGUAGAUUUUAGAGCAUUUAAAAUCGUAGAGUAAACGCCCUACGACCCUAGCAGCAGUCACCGCUCAUUUAUAUUUAAAAAAAUAUUACCUAAAAAAUAUAUAUUUAGCAGCAAAAAAAUGUUUCUAUUUAUCAUUAUUACCUAUACUGUGUGUUUGAACGUAACAUAUUUUAUGGUUGAACUCUUUGUCGUUUUUUAUAAAAAAUAAAUAAAUAUUAUAUACACGCUAUGAAAAAAAAAUUGGACCUUGCAAACAUUGACUUUCGUCCCAAAAAAAAAUAUUUUUCUAAAAAAAAAACCACCUAAUUUACUUUGAAGGAACAUUACAGUGUAGUCGAAUACCCUACAAUUAUGGCCAAGUUGGCAACAGCUAAAAGUUGAAAUUUUUCUCAUAUAGAUAUGAUCGAGUAUUAGUAAUUUUAAUCAAAGCAAGUUCCUUUUUUCAGAUUAUAGAAAAACCUAAUUGUGUCCAAAUAUAGAUACUAAAAAGGUAUAUGCCAAAAUGAAAAUAAGAAAUUUUGAAGAUCGGCACUAUAUUUAAAUAAGAAAAAAAUAAUAUUAGCACUGAGAUAUAAAAAUACUUUUUGUUUUUGUCCAAAGAGAAAAAUGUUUAACAUAACUUUGACAUAAUCAACAAGUUUACAUUGAAGCUUAUCCUUUACCUGAUAUCGAAGAAUUUGACGUUUUUAGCACUAUUGACCUAGAAAGUGUGUAUAAGCAGUUCCCUAUAAGAGAUGAUGAAAAACAGUUCCCUGCUUUUGAAGCUGAUGGAAACCUCUACCAGUUUAAUCGUAUCCCUUUUGGUGUGACUAACGGCGUAGCUUGUUUCCAAAGAGUCUUAGAUACAAUAAUCGGGCAAGAAAAUCUAGAAGGCGUCUACGCAUAUCUCGAUAAGAAUCUACCAGCUUUUCUGAGAACUAUUAAAAAGUACAAUCUAACUAUAAAUAAAAGUAAAAAUUUGUUGAACAAAAAGACAAUUAAACUAUUGGGAUAUCUUUAACCUGAUCCUAUAACUUACUUACCUAACCUGAAUCUGCAAGACUUGAACCUCUACAGAAUCUUCCAGUACUCACUUCAAAGAGCUAUAGGCAUGAUCGCUCAUUACCUACUCUAAAUAGAUACCUAGAUUCUCCAAAAAAAUUCAUAGAAUUGUUAGUACCAGAAACUUUCCUAGGCAAGAGUCUGCUAUCACCAAUUUUCACAAUUUGAAAACUGAAAUAGCAAAAUCAGCUGUCACUCACAGGAAAGAAUUGAAAGUGGCUAUCAGCAAGGCAAAAAGGAACUGCUGGAGAAAACUCUGCGACGACAUCAACAAUGACUGCUGGGGUGACGGCUAUAGAAUAUCGCCAAGGAGGAAAGAUGGAAAGAUUUCUGCUAACGUGCAGUGGAGCAGAUGUUCCUGAACUCACUGUAAACGAAAUAACAGACGCAUGUCACAAGCUGAAACCCAAUAAAGAUCCAGGUACAGAUGGCAUACCCGCAGAGAUCCUGAAACUCCUAGUUGAGAUAGAACCCCAACUCUUUCUGAAAACCCUCUACAACGCAUUGAAAACGGCAUGUUCCCACGAAACUGGAAGAUAGCUAACCUAGUACUGAUGAAGAAGCCCAGAAAAUCGGCACACGACACCCAGAAAUUCCGUCCUUUAUCUCAUGUGGCAAACUCCUUGAACACGUCAUCCUCGCAAGGCUAAACAUGGACCUCGACCUAACGACCACAUUGAGCGAAAGGCAGUUCGGGUUCAGGCAAGGUAGAUCCAGCACUACGGCAAUCCUGAAAGCACUAGACACGAUAGGACCAUAAAUCUACAAAAAAAGCCAUAGACACAGGCUCUUUGGCAUAAUGGUUACCCUGGACCUCAAAAACGCCUUUAACUCGGCACCUUGGCAAAUGAUCAAAGAGGAGCUUGAGAGAAGAGGUGCAGCGCGAUACCUGGUCAAUCUCAUUCAACUACUUUACGGACAGUACUAUCGUCCUGAAGGCGGAAAGCCGCAAGGGCACGUUCUACAUGUCCUGCGGCGUCCCACAAGGCUCAGUCCUGGGACCCACCCUCUGGAACAUCUUAUACGACGGCCUUCUCAAUUCAAGACAACCACAGGGGGUGUCACUGAUCGGCUACGCAGACGACGUCGCUUUGGUCCUGGCCAGGAACAUCGACGUGGCAGAAGCCAAGAUAGGAGCGGCAAUGACCAGCAUCAGGUGCUGGCUCCAUGCAAACCACCUCGAGCUAUGUGAGGAGAAGACCAAGGCAAUUAUCCUUUCCUCAAAGAGAGUUGUCCCUCACAGGGACCUGAACAUUAUGGGCAGAAUCGUUACGCCGAAGCCCGAAGUCAAAUACUUGGGAGUCUGGUUGAACAACAAACUCUCCUUUGCUUCCCAUAUAAGGAACGUGACCACGCGGGAUGGUAAUGCCAUGUCCGCCCUAGCGCGGCUAAUGCCCAACGUAGAAGGACCAGCACCCAGCAAACGAAGGCUGCUAUGUUUGGUGGCGAGGUCCAUACUCCUGUAUGCUGCACCUGUCUGGGGCCAUAUCAUGAACGUUAUGUUACCACCGCCACCUGGUUACAACGGUUGGGUAGGGGAGACUUUGUUUUAGCCCUGGUAAAGGCCUUUUUGUACUGUGGUAGCGUGACACCAGGGACUUUGAUUAAAGUCUCUUUGAAAAUCUAGGUAACUUUGAACGGAUACUUGUUAGUAAUCUGAUUAGAUUGCCUCUUCCAGUGCGGGUUCUUGUUACCUGAGCUGUACGCAGCUAAUUGGAAUGCUAGCUCGGGGUUUUCCAAAGGAAAUAAAGGAAUCAGUUUUUCUUACUAAACUCUAACAAUGGUUUAUUGAACAAAUGGUAAAUCUUGGUAAGGAAAUGAAAGAAAAGUAAAGAAUAUACAGUAAGUUAUUAACAAUAUUUACUGAAAUGAAAUGGAAGAAAAUACAUACAGAGCUUUUGGAAUGAUAGGGAGUGAAAUUAUUGAGCGUCCUGUAUAGGGCGUUCCUUGAUAGUACAAGUUAUAUGAGAAAUUAAGGAUUAAAAGAUACAGAAAAUAAAGACUAGGUUAUAAUUCUUAGUGGGUAAAUAGACACGGGCGUCCUCGACACGGGCGUCCUCGACACGGGAAUGACAAAACGGCCUGGUUAUUCAGGGUAAGAUACAUGUUGGAAAAGAGAUUUGAGUUGUGAAGCUAACCCAAUGGUUUUGUUCUUUACACAGGGGAGAAAAUAAAUAAUAGACAAAAAAACAACAAUCAUGAUAAAUAAAUUAAAAUACUUGAAAUUGAAACAUUACCCAAGGUCUCGGAAAGAGAGUCAGCAGAAAGACGUCAACACUAAACACCAGAACUUCGUUACAGAACUGGAAGAAUCUAGGAGAUCGAUGACGCUUUUGGGAUUUUUUAUCGGUCGCAAAACAUGCGGUUUGUUCAUGGAACCCGGAGUCGAGAGUCGUAUUUUAAGACACAAUUAGGACACUGUUUCGGGGUCCGACUGAUAACUCUUGGCUCUUGACACGGUUUCGUCAGAAAUUUAGCGACUUAAUCUCGCUGGGUAAACAAACCAAUUAAUUGUAUUACGAAGCAAAAUGAAAGGAUUUUUAGGGCCGUUUUGUUACAGUCAAAAAGUAUCGGAACAUUCACUCGAGGAUAAAACGUCAAGCAGCUCUCCGCAUAUGUAGCGCCUAUCGCACCACCUCAACAGACGUCAUCUUAGUGAUAACGGAGACCUCCCCUCUGGACCUCCUCACCAAACAGGCCAUAACAAUAGCACAGACCCCAAUGCCUCUUAAAAACACCGCCCGAUCGGAAUCCAAAGAAACCACCAUGGCGGAAUGGCAAAAUAGCACAAAGGGCAGAUGGACGUAUAGACUGGUACCGAACAUAUCUACAUGGACAAACAGGAAACACGGCAAGACGGACCACUUCCUCACCCAGCUUCUGACAGGACACGGAUGCUUCUGCUCAUACACUUACGAAAUAAACAAAACGGCAGUGCGUAUACUGUGGGGAGGCCGACACGGCACAGCACGCACCUUUAUCUACUGCAAGCACUGGCUAGAGCACCGCGAAGCCUACACGAACAAGAUAGGGCCCAUCUCGCCGGAGACAAUGGUGGACAAAAUGAUUAGCAGUCCCCAAAACUGGAACGCUGUCAACACUUUUGCAAACGAGGUAAUGAAGGAAAAAAUAGGCGAUGAAGACAACUUGACAAUUGAAUUUCAAGACAUCUGAAACAACAAUCGCUGCCAUUCGAAGUAAUGCCCUCCCAGUUCCAAAUGGUUGGCUAUAAUUCCAGAGGGGAAAGGGGUUUUAGUCGGUCGGUGAUCCUCAGAACCGGACACCAUCCCGACACACCCCCUGGCGCCAGAACAACAGCCAGGGAUAGUCUGCCUAACAGAUUUCCUAAAUCCCUCUGAAGAAAAAACAACAAAGGAAGGCUCAUCAAAAUAGAGAAAAAAAAACACAGGAAAAUUCAGUCAACAAAAGCAGCACAAAUAAAAUAAUUUAAUAUAAAAUAGAUUUGAGAAUAACUCUAGAAAAACAUGCUACUCAAGAACAGGAAAGAAGGAAUUUAUAAUAAUGAAAUAAAUAAAAGUUUGAGAAAACAAGUCUAAAUGCUGAACUAAAACUAGCAAAGAGAAAACAAGCAAACAGAACAUAAUGUGAUUCAAAACAAGAGUUAAUGAUAACGAUGUACUUAAAAUAUCUAUGAAAAUAACAAACAAAAGUUUCAACAUUUACUAUAAACACCCAGAAUUACUAUCAAUUGACUGUAAAAGUGUUCAAACCAAGCCAACUUUUGCAAUAAAUACUUACUUCUUACAAGAAAAGUGUUUUUAUAUCGCAGUAUUCGCCAAAGCACAAUAAUUUCGUCAUAUCAAAGCUUUACUGUGAUGAUUAAGACUGACAUAAGUGUUGUUCGGAAAUAGAAAAUUAAGUCUAUACCUCUAAAAAAAAACAAUUUUCGUUUUACAUUAAUUAUUAUGCAGUGUGACGAAAACUAAAAUUAACCCAAAAAAUAAUAAUUAUAAACUGAAAGAUUUCCAUAAAUUUAUAAUAAAAGAAAAUUGCUUUUCCAAGUUGACAACGUCGAUAGACAGAGUCGACUCGGUGCAAUUAACUUUACAUUAAAAAAAAUAUAGGAAAUCGAUGAGUUUUUUUCAAAUAUGGUUUCACAGUACUUGAAUCUUGAUACUUUAAGUUGAAGUACAAGUUUCGUUUUAAGUGAAAAAUGCAAUAAAUCACCCAUUCUUCAGAAAAUUGAUUUUAUUGCAGUACUCACUGCUGUUUUAAUGGAAUCUUGCCAUAAUAACAAAUAUAAAUAUAUUAAAAUAUAAUUUACUAGAAAUUUUUAAGAGAAAAAAAAAUCCUUAAUAUCUAUAUUUAGAAACAGGACGAAAUGCGAUGGUUGCAAGAACCUAUCAAAAAAAUAAUUUAUAAACUUUAUAGAUAUGAUGUGUGAAUGUUUUUUCUUCUCCACCCUAUAUCGAAAAAGAAAUCUGGAUCUUUAUUAUUGCUAUAUAUUUCAAGUGAUUAAACAACUAAAAUAAAAUAUUCCAAAGCUAGAAAACUACUGCUUAUUUAUUUGUAUGUUUCACUAUUGCUUAAUUUGAACUUUUAUAAUAAUAAUUAGUGUUUAACCUGUUGGGAAAGCUAAAAAAAAUUUGUAAGUUAGACAAAUGGGACCAUAAUAUCUUCCCUAUAAUCUCUUCUCAAGAAAAUUUUAGAUUUGGGUCCAGCCCAUUCAUAAAUCAUUCUGUUUUAUAAAAUGUAACAUUUAGCUUUCUCAACGCUGCUACUGUAGGGUUGCACUUUUAAGAAGCAAAAAUAAACAAUAAACAUAUUAAUAAUAUAUUGGGGAACAUAUAAAACAUCGACUAAUUAACGUAUUCUAGAGAUCAUUAGAACGCAUUUUAUAUGAUUAAAUUGUAGAAGACAUUAAGAACUGUCGUCUAUAGUUAAUCAACUAUCAUUAUAUCUACAUUGAACACAAUACUUAAGCGUAAAUCUGGUGCCAAAAAAAAAAGUUACUACUACUAAAAAAAAAAAUUGUUACUCUAUAUUUCGAAUUUUAUUUUUAACGAAAAAGAAAAUAAAGCAAUAUUAACGUGUAAUCCGUUUUAUACCCCAUUUAUCAGACUGGAUUUUUAGGUUAAAAGCAAAUGGCAUAAACUUACAAAACAAAACAAAAAACUAAUAAAUUUUGUUUAUAGAUACCUAAUUAAAUUGAAACAAAUAAAUAUUUAAUAAUAACACAAAAAUAUAUUAUAUUUUUUAUAUCCAGAACAUUAUUUUAUGUCAUUUGCCUUUUGUCUAUUAAUGAAUAUUGAAUUUAAAAAAAAAAUCAACAAAUUCUGAAAAGCGAUAUUUUUUCUAUUAAAAAAUAAAAUAAAUCUCGUGUGUUUUAUGGACGAUUAUUAUACAGAGUGACGCAAUAUUAAUUUAUCAGAAAAAUGUUUAAGGUGCCAGCGGGUUCUUACUUCAUCCUCUAAUAAUAAUAAUGAAUUUUAUACGGGGUGACUCGCUUAUAUGCCGCCCUGUACAGGUAUAUUUUAGUACAGGAAUUUUCGAUGUUUGGGUAUCGAAAAUUUGUUUUUACCACACUCACCCAUGUAAAAGGACACUUCUUAUGGGAUUUCUAACCGCGGUCAAAUUUAACUUAUGUUAUAGAUCUGACUUUUCUUUCCAAUAACUACCAUGGGCACAGCUUAAUCCUAUGACUAGUUUUUGAGAUACAGGGUGUUCAAUGUGUGAAUGUCCAAUAUGCAUUAUGACAUCCUAUUCAAUCAGCCAAAUCAUAUUCGUGUGAGAAUUUGGUCAAGGCACAGAAAUCAAGUAAAAUACCAAUAAUAAUUUGUGCUCGAACCAUAGGUUCAUGUACAGGGUGUCCCAUUUUGAUUGUACAUAAGUUGCUAUUGGAGUUUGAAGGAUGCGGUUUUCACAAACUUUAGCUACUUUUUUGAGAAACGAAUGAUGGCGCCAACAGAACUGUCACCGCCCUUUUGGUUUUUUCAGAUACAAGGUGUUUUUUGAAAAAGUUGCAUUUUGGGACACUCCUUGUAUAUUGGUUCUCUCACAAGUGAUCGAAAAGUUGAAAACAGAUUCUUAUAGAUAUUUUAACGAAGACUCCAGUAGCGUAGUCAGUUUUUCUCUAGAAGUAAUAGUUUUUGAUUUAUGAGCCAAACAUAGUGUUUUCAAAAGAGACACCCGAUAUAUUAUUAAAUCGUUGGAUAGCUCUGCUUUUGCUGAUUCCAGCAAAAACUUUUUUCCAGCAAAACUUCGUCCGGCCUGCACUUCUCCAAGUGAAAAUUGACGAAUUUGAGACCACGCUGUCCUGGAAACUCAGAGCGUUACAUAAAUUGGCGCGCAACGUGGGGCCCGAGAUUUGCUCUGAGAUUCAAGACAGCAUAUCUCGGGCCACACGUUGGGCGCCAAUUUAUAUAACGCUCUGAGUUUCCAGGACAGCGUGGUCUCAGAUUCGUCAUUUUCUCUUAGAGAAGUGCAGGCACGGACGAAAGUGCCUGAAUGAAUUGAGGGGAUAUAAGGACUCAUUCAUCAGUGAGAAAAAGAAAUUUACAUACCUGAACGGCCGAUAGUUAACCUCACUUUCAAAAAUCUUCACAAAAAUCAAAAAUCGGUUGAUUUUCCAGAAAACUUCCUAGUAGACACGAGCAAGCACUCUUCUGGCUAGUUAAUUUUCAAGAAUCUGGACUCGAUGGCUAAAAACAAAGAUAAAGUUUUAAGAUUUUCAAAACUCUAAAAAUCUGGAUGAUCUGUUCGGUUCCAAAACAAAAGAGAAAAAGGCAAGUCAAAAGUACCCAAAUUGGUUCUGUCUCUUCUUUCUUAAUCUGUCAAGCUUAUCAAAAUCAUAAAAAUGACAGCGCUAGAGGUUUCUCGGAAACAACAGAAUUCUCGAUAUUAGGUUAGGAAAAGUAGUCAGAAGAAUCGUAGAUGUCGCUAGGCGUACGAAAUAGUACUUUUACAUGAGUCCAAAAUAUAUAAAAAUAAUUAAGAACAAUAAAUAUAUUCUUGUGACGAUUCAAAUGUUACACAACUCCAAUAGUUUCUUAUGUACAACCAAAAUAGGACACCCUGUAUAAAUAAACCUAUGGUUCGAGCACAAAUAACUAUUGGUAUUUCACUUGAUUUCUGUGCCUUGACCAAAUUCUCACACGAAUAUGAUUCGGCUGAUUGAAUAGGAUGUCAUAAUGCAUAUCGGACAUUCACACAUUGAACACCCUGUAUCUUAUAAACUGGUCAUAGGAUUAAGCUGUACCCCUGGUAGUUAUUGAUCAGAAAGGUCUAUAAUAUAAUAAUUUGACCGUGGUCAGAAAUCCCAUAAGAAGUGUGCGGGGUCCAUUUCUGUAGAAAUUUUUCCAAUGCAGAGAUUGUUGAAUGGUUGGAAAUUAGUAGCCAGAGGUUUGAGGUUUUCUGGUAAAAUUCCUGCACUAUUUUUUUUUUUUAGUAAACUUCGAGGUAUCUAAUUUUAAACUUUGCUUCCGAUUGGUUUCGACGAACUUCCGUUAUUGUGCUCAAAAAUCUUUUAAAAAAAUACGUACUUAGGUAUAAAUCCUGAUGGGGAUUAUUUCAAAUACGGACCUGAACUAAGACCUUUCCAAACCAAACAUCAUUAUCAGGUCCGUAUCCAAAUUCCCCAUUUUGUCGAAAGAAACAAAGAGUAAUAAGAACAGUUCCGAAUGUUGUCGACCAUUUUUUACCUUAUAUAGAUUUAAUAUUAAUGAUAAAAAAAAAAUGAAACACGCAAAGGAAUAUUUGAAUAUGAAUUUUUUUAAUAAAUUGUUGUUAGAUUAGCGGAGAUUUUUCAUUACCUUAUUAGUAGUGUAAUAGGUUAAGGAAAAAAAUAUAUAGGUGAUACUAUGUAAAUAAUUUAUGUUUACCAAUGAAGAACCAAAAAAUCUACAUAUUUCGUCCAUCUUAUCAAACUCAUUGAUAAACAACAACAUAAAAAUUACUUACAAAGUCGCCUAUAACUUUGCUACAUUCAAUAUUUGAUCGAAGGUGAAAAGUUUAGAAUUAAAAACCUUGAGAAUUGGUAUAAAAAAAUUCCUAAUAAAUUUUCUAAAUGUUACAAAAAAAAACAACCCCCGUAUAAUCCAUAAUUAAAUGUAAUUAAUUAUAAAUAAAUAUCACUCCAAAUAAAUCUAAAUGUUCUGUACCUCAAUGUUCGGAGUUUAAACAAAAAAAUAAAAUUAAUAAUCAAUAUAACCAGUUCAUGUGCAAUCUAUAUGUGUUGAAAACUGAUUUGCAAGUUUUUUUUUAAGCCGAUCAUUUUUUGAGGCUUCUAACAUGUUCGCAAGGCUUAAAAUUUUAGUUUGAAACUUGCAAGUUGGAUUCACUUAAAUACCUUGAUGUCCCAGAUUGUUCGAAUAGUGUGCACUUUUUAUUUAUUGUUUACAGGAUUUUUGCAUUAUUUUCUGUAUAAAGUUGUAAUCGGACAAAAAUACUUAACUGUUUUUGUUUAAUUACAGUAGAACCCCGGUUAUAUAAAGGUAACGUAUAGGGGAGUACCCACUUCGGAUAACUGAAAACUCGGAUAAUUCGAAUACAUAUAUGUAUGUACAGGGUGUUUUUUUAUAUAUUGACAGCCCACCUACAGCCUUUACCUUUACAGGUAGAUGAAAGGUGUUAAUACAAUAGUUCUACAAUAUUGGCUAAAUUUUUAGAAUCCACGGUCAGAAACAAAAAUUGAAUCUCAGAAAUGUGAAAUAUUGCAUGCUCUCAGCUUUUUUCAAAUGGGAUGCGCAAUAUUUGGUUCUAUAUUCUUGAAGAGCACAAUUUCCCGAUUCCAAAACUAUAUAGUUUGUCUAUAUUUGGUUGAGCCGUAUCCAACAUAUUUGGUUCUGAAAAUUUUAACUAUCAGAGAAACCAAGUAUCUCAAAUUUUACCUAUAACUUCCACCUGUACUGGUAGAAUGGUUCACAAAAUCAGAAGUAGGAUAGUAUUUUUACAAUUUUUGAAGCCGAAUAUAUGAGAGAUUGCUCAAUCAAAUAUAGAUGGGGGCAUUGUGCUCUUCAAGAAUAUAGAAUGAAAUAUAGGGCAUCCCGUUUGAAAAAAGUUGGAAGCAUUACAAAUAAGUGGAUUAUUGCGGAACUUAUGGAUGGACCUCUGCGGGACGAGCGCAGCGAGUUCCGCAGCCAUCUACUCAUCAAUAUACUGUUGACUGUUCAAGUAAGAUAUUCACCUGAAACGUGUAGUUUUUAAACUAAUGAGAAUAACUCACAUUUGAGUGAGUCAACUUAGUAUCGUAAUUAAACAACAUAUUGAUGAAUAGAUGGCUGCGGAACUCGGUGCGCUCGUCCCGCAGAGGUCCACCCAUAAGUUCCGCAACAAUCCACUCGUUUGUACUUGAAUAACUUGUCAUAUUAUAUUACUAGUUUGGUAAAGUAACAUUACUAAUUCCUAUUGAAAGGCAAAGUGACAAAAAGUGGAUAAUCUUACAAAUUUUGCCUUUAUAUAAUAAGUUGUCGUUCAAGUACAAAUAAGUGGAUUAUUGCAGAAUUUAUGGGCGGAACUCGCUGCGCUCGUCCCGCAGCCAUCUACUCACAAAUAUACUGUUGAACUGUUCAAAUAAUACACUCACCUGAAACGUGUAGUUUUUAAACUAAUGAGAAUAACUCUCAUUUGAGUGAGUUAGGUUAGUAUCGUAAUUACACAACAUAUUGAUGAAUAGAUGGCUGCGGAACUCAAGUUCCGCAACAAUCCACUCGCUUGUACUUGAAUAACUUGUCACAUUAUAUCACUAGUUUGGUAAAGUAACAUUACUAAUUCCUGUUGAAAGGCAAAUUGACAAAAAGUGGAUAAUCUUACAAAUUUUGACUUUAUAUAAUAAGUUAUUGUUCAAGUACAAAUAAGUGGAUUAUUGCAGAACUUAUGGGGUGGUCCUCUGCGGGACGAGCGCAGCGAGUUCCGCAGCCAUCUAUUCAUCAAUAUGUUGUUUAAUUACGAUACUAACCUGACUCACUCAAAUGUGAGAUAUUCUCAUUAGUGUAAAAACUACACGUUUCAGGUGAAUGUUGGAACAGUUCAACAGUAUAUUGGUGAGUAGAUGGCUGCGGAACUCGCUGAUAAGUUCUGCAAUAAUCCACUUAUUUGUACUUGAACUAUAAAUUAUUAUAUAAACUCAAAAUUUGUAAGAUUUUCCACGUUUUGGUAAUUUGCCUUUCAACAGGAAUUAGUAAUGUUACUUUAUCAAACUAGUAAUAUAACCCAUUUGAAAAAAGCUGGAAGCAUGCAAAAUUUCACAUUUCUGACAUUCAAAUUUUGUUUCUGACCAUGGUUUCUAAAAAUUUAGCCAAAACUGUACAACUUUCGUAUUUACACCUUUCUUGUACCUGUAAAGGUAAAGGCUGUAGGUGGGGUGUCAAUAUAUAAAAAAAAAACACCCUGUAUAUUCUAGAAACUCGAAGUAUGGACGUGCGUUCCUCGGAUAAUUGCGACUCGGAUAAUCGGGGUUCUACUGUACUUAUAAUGUAAAAAUUAUUUUAGCUGAAAUAUAUAAUCAUUCCCACUUUUAGAUUUUGCGUUAUUCUUAGAAUGCGUCAUGAUAAUCUCUUUAGAAAAAAAACUAUAAAAAAUAUAUAUUUAAACAUUCUUUAGCAAUCCACAUUGAUAAUUAUUAUACACGUAAACUCAAAAUGGAUUUCUAAAGAUUCCAAUAAGGCCUUCGGUAUUUAUUAAAAAAAGGAAUUUUGCUUAAAAGAAAACGUAUACUAAAAAAGCAUAUAGCUAUUUUUGCAGUAUAAUAUUUUGUCAAAUUAUUUUUUAUACAUUUUCUGAAUAAUUCCACUGGAACGUGUUCUCGAUGUGAAAUAUUUUUGUGUGUAAUAAUUUGUUCGACAAAAAAUUGUUAACCAAAAUUUUUAUAUUAAGUAUAAACUAUAUGUUAGAAGGCCAUUCAUUCUUCGAAAGAAUUUACAAGAACAAUUUGGGCGUAUGAUAUUUAUAUUGAUUGUUGUUACUGUGAGGAUGUUUAAGAAAGUGUAAUAAUCUCCCCCAAAUCCCUUCCAAAAAAAGGUGGUAUCAUAACCAUAAUCCCCAUAUAUAUGUACCUAUUAUAACUUCUAUUAUAUAAGGUGUCACAAAAGUUUAUUGUAAGCUCACUUUGUUACACCCUGUAUAAUUUUUAACCCAAAAAUAUAUACGUAGCAUAUUAUACAUACCAAUUCUAUGUCAUGUAAUAUGCCAGUUGCAGUAUUUUGUACGAGUACACGUUUUUUUCGGAAACAUUGAUGAAAUAAUAAAAAAAAAAAACUAAUAAUUAUUAUUGAUAAGAAUAUAAUAAAUAAUACAUAAUAAUAAUUGAUAUAUAUAACUUUCUACUUAACUAUUAAAAUACCUUAUAAUAAAUGUUGCUAUACGCAUAUUAUAAUAACUUAAAUUAUUUUAUCAUACAUCAGUAA